AAGCGCGAAGAUGGCGGCGGAGGAGCCUCAGCAGCAGCCGGAGCUCCUCGGCGGGGACACGGAUGGAGUGAAUUGCCUGGCCUACGAUGAAGCCAUAAUGGCCCAGCAGGAUCGCAUUCAGCAGGAGAUCGCCGUUCAGAAUCCGUUAGUCUCCGAAAGGAUGGAAUUGUCGGUCCUGUACAAGGAAUACGCUGACGACGACCACGUCUACCAGCAGAAGAUCAAGGAUCUGCUGCAGAAGUAUUCGUACAUCCGGAAGACGAGGCCGGAUGGCAACUGUUUCUAUCGGGCGUUUGGGUUUUCCCACCUUGAAGCUCUGCUGGAGGACGGCAAGGAGCUGCAGCGCUUCAAAGAAGUAGCUUCCAAGAGCAAGGAGGUGUUGGUGUCGCAGGGCUUCACGGAAUUCACCAUCGAGGACUUCCACAACACGUUCAUGGACCUGAUAGAGCAAGUGGAGAAGCAGGUCACGGUUCCGGAGCUGCUGUCCUCCUUCAACGACCAGAGCACCUCAGAUUACCUCGUGGUGUACCUGCGGCUGCUCACCUCGGGCUACCUGCAGCGCGAGAACAAGUUUUUCGAGCACUUCAUCGAGGGAGGACGCAGCAUAAAAGAGUUCUGCCAGCAGGAGGUGGAGCCCAUGUGCAAAGAAAGCGACCACAUCCACAUCAUCGCUCUGGCACAAGCCCUGAACGUCUCCAUCCAGGUGGAGUACAUGGACCGGGGCGAAGGCGGCACCACCAACCCUCACAUCUUCCCCGAGGGCUCGGACCCCAAAGUUUACCUACUGUACAGACCGGGACACUACGACAUCCUGUAUAAAUAGGGGGCAGGAGGAGGAGGAGGAGGGAACGCCUGGCCGGUGAGCCCGGCCCCGCUCUCCUCUCCCCCCUCCCUCCCUCCUCCCCCCCCGCGUCCUCCGUCUCGCCCACGUUUAUCCGCCCACCCGCCGGGCAGCGUCGUCUGUGGUUGUACAUGGUGAUCACUCCUUGCUGCCAUCUUGCUCACAUGGUUUGUUGUUAUUAUAUAUAUAUUUUUUCUCUCUCUUUUCGUUGUUACGCUCACACUAUUCUGUGUUUUAUUAAAAGGGGAUACCGGUGAAA